AUGAUAUACAAAAUCUCCCGCCGCGGCAGCAGCCAAUCUGACAGGGUACGCAAAAAGAAAUCGAAACAACAGGUUCAGUCAAUUGACUUGCAAGAGCAGCUCCAGAAUGCUGAGGGCGGUCUAAGCUCCAGGAUUGUCAAAGGUACUAAUACCAAGACAAAAGAGCUUGGAGCGACCCACAAACCUACGCCGAAGGUCACCUCGGAUGUCGAUGUAAACGCUGUGCCUGAUCCUGUUCCUGAAAUCACAGGCUUACCCCCUACAACCUCACUGUCAAGUGUCUUUACUAUACACACUGGCUUUUUGCCUAUGAUGCCUGCUACUGGAGCUCUGAGCGUCCCCACACAAAGCUCCGGGUUCUCUCCGCUACCCCCUUUCCCCUCAUUUACAGGAGCGACUAUCACGGCAGCUGCAUCUGUGACAUCUACUAUUUCGUUGGCUCAGGAAACUUCAUUCUCCUCCUCGGUCACUCCUCAAUCUCAAGGACAGUCUCAAUCUCCCAAACAUAUUUCUACCGUGAUCAUAGCCCUGGUCACAGUUGGCGCUGCGUUUCUGUUGCUUGGCAUUUGUAUAAUUAUUAGGACGUGCCGCAGACCCCGCAGACGCUUUUGUCCUACUCCCUCCUUACCGAUCCUUCAGGACGUUUUCACUGACCGAUCUUCUAAUGAUGACGAAGAGUCCCUCUUUGGCGGGAAAGAACGGAUUUCGGGGCGCCCUGGCAGCAACGGCCUAUGGACCUGGACGCAAUAUUCUCAUCCCUCAUUGACUAAAGCAGAAGCUAUCCGCCCGCAACAAAAUCUGCCGUCUGCCCUCACAUCAGAAAACAAUUAUUCACGACAGGUACCAGACGUCGUAUCCAGCGAUAAACGUAAACCCACUGCGUCGGCUCUGGUGACCACCCCAGGAACUAUGCCUCUGUCUCCCUCUCAGACUACGCCCAGACUAGCUCCACGUUCAACAAAGCGACAGUCCGUUAUGUCUAUGUCGAUUUAUCCAAGCUCUCCGCAAUCAACUUUUGUCGGCGGCGGCAUCGGUAUUGCCGUUGGAAGCGCCUCUCCGCUUACAGCUGAUGGUCUCUCUGUACUCCAACGGAGUGCAUCCAAGGUUUCUGCUCGUCGACUCUCAAGGAAUAGGAGAAGUGUUCAAUACAGCAAAGAAAAGACUGAGACGGUAUAUCAGGACGACCAAAGCAUCUAUGGCGGGCUUCAAAUCGCAACACCUGUGAUAGCGGCAACAGCCACUACCCUUCGGAAGUCAGGAUCAAUUCCAGGACGUGCUCGUGUCAAAACCCCAUACGCGCCUGGUGCUCUUCUCCGUGCCUCCUCAACUGUUGCUGCUUUUGGCACUGCUGUCUCGAAUCCAUUUGACGAUGUACAAUACAUCUUGCCGCCGGUGUCUCCUGCGCUGAAGACUGAUGCGCUGAGGGAGCGCGAUACGAAGGCUCUCACGUGUGCGCUAGGACUAGACAGCCCUCCCCCUACAUCUCCUCAGCCAACCAUUUAUCCUGAUGAUUCCAUCACGUUAGGUGGUGAUCGACGCACUACGCGGAAUUCCACGAAGCCGCGCCCGCAUAGCCAAGCUCUGAGUCCUGGAAUGGAAGCCAGUGCACGCCUAGGUAACUUAAUGCUCGCGGAAUUCUCUAGCAUGGGAUCUCUAGCGUCCACUCGCACGCUCGCGGCUGCUGGCGAUGGGUGUGGCGUUGUACGAAACAAGAAUACGAGGAAGAUGGACGACAGACCUCCUCGGGUACCUUCGCCUCCCCCGAUGCCCUCUCUGGCUCAGAUGGCGCUGGCGCACUCUCACCCUGAGGAGUUUACGGAUUACCGAAGUCCAACAUAUAGUAUUUAUGGACUAUACGAAGCUGAUCGGAAGAGUCGGGCCCCAGGAGAAGGCGGAUACUGA